CGUGUCGAGAGUCCUGCUGAUCCUUGCUCGUAAACUUGCUCGGACUCCAGACGAGUCCGGAGAACCCGUCGACGAUCCGCACAUGACAGUCGGACCUGGUUCAUGGACGAGACGGCAAGAGGAAAAGCGGAGUGAGUGAGUGAGGGAAAUCGAGGGAAGGAGGUGUCGGGGAGGUUCGCCUCGCUGGGUCUUAGGGGGACAACAGAAUUGGUGUGGUAAGGAAUUUUUGUUAUACUGGUGGGGCUGGGGGGUGGGGGGCUGUGAUAUGGUGGUGAUCGUUGUUGGUGCGUGCGUGAGUUAAACGGGAGAAGGUUCAAGGAGGAUUAACGGAAGUUGUUCUGGUGGGAAACGUUUUGGGGUUCGGAGGAGGUGCGUGGAGAGAGUUGCAGCGUGGCGUGCUACGACCCGUGGCAGCACGGAAGUAUGAAGCGCAUAAAGAGCGCACCGUUGGCCGCUGCUUGUCAUAGUCGCCGGUGAAUGUGUGACCCGGGGGCAGCAGAGAUCCACCGUAAUGACGACCGAAGAGGCGACCGAGCAGCCCCCGGUAGACGACUGCCUGAAGGAACGGAAAUGGUGGUGCUUCCUACUAUCGAGCAUCUUCACUUUCCUCGCCGGGCUGCUGAUCGUGCUCCUCUGGCGUGCGUUCGCCUUCCUCUGCUGUCGCAAGGAACCCGAGUUCGCUCCAAAUGACCCGAAGCAGAAGGAGCAGAAGACGAGCCGCCAGGGCAAGGAGUUCGAGGGGACUUUUAUGACCGAAGCCAAGGACUGGGCCGGUGAACUGAUUUCUGGACAAACCACCACGGGCCGUAUUUUGGUGGUGUUAGUUUUCAUUCUCAGUAUAGCAUCGCUUAUAAUAUACUUCAUUGAUGCCUCCAGUGAAGAGGUGGAACGUUGCCAAAAGUGGAGCAACAACAUUACUCAGCAGAUAGACUUAGCUUUCAAUAUAUUUUUUAUGGUCUACUUUUUUAUACGCUUUAUCGCCGCCAGUGACAAGCUGUGGUUCAUGCUGGAGAUGUAUUCGUUCGUGGACUACUUUACGAUACCACCAUCCUUCGUAUCGAUAUAUCUCGAUCGGACGUGGAUCGGACUGAGGUUCCUCCGAGCCCUACGACUGAUGACGGUCCCUGACAUCCUCCAGUAUCUAAACAUUCUAAAGACAUCAAGCUCCAUUCGUCUCGCCCAACUUGUAUCGAUUUUCAUCUCCGUCUGGUUAACAGCUGCUGGCAUCAUUCAUUUGCUUGAAAACUCAGGGGACCCGUUCGAGUUCACGAACCCUCAACAGCUUUCGUACUGGACCUGCGUCUACUUUCUGAUCGUGACGAUGUCCACGGUAGGAUAUGGCGACGUUUACUGCCAGACGGUCCUCGGCCGCACAUUCCUAGUAUUUUUUCUACUCGUCGGUUUGGCAAUUUUUGCUAGUAGCAUACCCGAGAUAAUAGAGCUCGUAGGCAGUAGGUCCAAGUACAGCGGCGAAUACAAGCGGGAACACGGAAAGAGACAUAUUGUCGUGUGUGGACACAUCACCUACGAAUCAGUGUCGCACUUCCUCAAGGACUUCUUGCACGAGGAUCGUGAAGACGUCGACGUGGAAGUUGUCUUCUUGCAUAGGAAGCCACCAGAUCUCGAGUUGGAGGGACUAUUCAAACGGCAUUUCACCACCGUGGAGUUCUUUCAGGGGACCAUCAUGAACCCCAUUGAUCUGCAACGGGUCAAGGUCCACGAGGCAGAUGCGUGUUUGGUACUGGCGAACAAGUAUUGCCAGGACCCUGACGCUGAAGACGCGGCAAACAUUAUGCGCGUUAUCUCCAUCAAGAACUAUUCGGAUGAUAUUCGCGUUAUCAUUCAGUUAAUGCAAUAUCACAACAAGGCCUACUUAUUAAACAUUCCAUCAUGGGACUGGAAACAGGGUGACGAUGUGAUCUGCCUGGCGGAGUUGAAGCUGGGUUUCAUCGCACAGUCCUGUUUGGCGCCGGGUUUCAGCACGAUGAUGGCCAAUCUAUUCGCCAUGCGUUCCUUCAAGACGUCGCCCGAUAUGCAGGCUUGGCAGAAUGACUACCUCCGUGGAACCGGAAUGGAGAUGUACACGGAAACACUGAGCCCUACCUUCAUUGGAAUGCCCUUUGCAAAGGCCACUGAGUUAUGCUUCACGAAGUUGAAGCUGUUGCUGCUGGCGAUCGAGAUAAAGGGCGAAGGAGGCGGAGACAGUAAGAUCUCGAUCAAUCCACGUGGUGCCAAGAUCGUUGCAAAUACUCAGGGAUUCUUCAUUGCUCAAUCUGCCGACGAAGUGAAACGGGCGUGGUUCUAUUGCAAAGCAUGCCAUGAGGAUAUAAAAGAUGAAACGCUGAUCAAGAAGUGCAAGUGUAAAAAUUACGACCACCAUCCUCCCCCUACAUUCACUCCGCCAGAACUGCCCAAGAUGGUUCACGUAAGAGGUGAGAUCAGUCGUGAACGAGACGACCCGAAUGCGAUGAGAAAUCAUCGAAAUUCCGUUGGAAUGACCAUGAUGAACUCAACGAAGCAGGUGAAUAAGGUGAAACCGAACGUGAAUCGAACGACAAACGACAGCUUAUUGAGUCCAACUCAACCAUACAAUCAAAGAUCGCAAGAGGAGUCAGCAUACCCUGGUUACCACCUCGCCUACGAAGUCAAAAAGCUCAUGCCUACGAGCAGAGCUUCAGGAGGUACCAACGUGAACAACAACGGUGGUCUUCAGGUCGGAAUCGCCGACGAUCAAGCGAAGGAUUUUGAUUUCGAAAAGACCGAAAUGAAAUAUGAUUCGACGGGUAUGUUCCAUUGGAGUCCAUCCCGCAACCUCGAAGACUGUAUACUGGAUCGUAAUCAGGCAGCCAUGACGGUUCUCAACGGACACGUCGUUGUCUGCCUAUUCGCUGAUCCUGACUCGCCCCUCAUCGGACUGAGAAACCUUGUCAUGCCAUUACGAGCUUCCAAUUUUCAUUACCACGAGCUUAAACACGUAGUGAUAGUUGGGUCUGUCGACUACAUCCGCCGCGAGUGGAAGAUGUUGCAGAAUCUACCGAAAAUAUCGGUGUUAAAUGGUUCGCCAUUAAGCAGAGCAGAUCUGCGUGCCGUGAACGUAAAUCUGUGCGACAUGUGUUGUAUCCUGUCGGCUAAAGUGCCUAGCAAUGAUGACCCCACCCUCGCCGACAAGGAAGCCAUCCUCGCGUCCCUUAAUAUCAAGGCUAUGACCUUCGACGAUACAAUUGGUGUGCUCAGCCAAGUGACAAUUGCAGCAAAUAAUGAGCAAGAUAAUUUGACCGCAGUUGGCAGCCCAAUUGUUUUACAGCGACGGGGAUCCGUUUAUGGAGCAAACGUGCCAAUGAUAACAGAACUCGUAAAUGAUAGUAACGUACAGUUCCUCGACCAGGACGACGACGAUGACCCGGAUACUGAAUUGUACCUUACCCAACCCUUUGCUUGCGGUACUGCUUUCGCUGUCAGCGUACUAGACUCGUUAAUGUCAACGACGUAUUUUAACCAAAAUGCGCUGACUUUAAUUCGAUCGCUGAUCACUGGUGGAGCGACGCCGGAGUUAGAAUUAAUUUUAGCUGAAGGAGCAGGUUUAAGAGGAGGUUAUAGUACUGCUGACAGUCUGGCCAACAGAGAUCGAUGUCGAGUUGGUCAAAUCGCGUUGUACGAUGGACCUUUAGCCCAAUACGGCGAAGGAGGCAAGUACGGUGACCUCUUUGUCGCAGCAUUAAAGUCGUAUGGAAUGCUGUGCAUUGGUCUGUACAGGUACAGGUUUCGAGACACGAGCUCGUCCUGCGAUGCUUCUUCUAAACGAUACGUUAUCACCAAUCCUCCGGACGAUUUUACGUUAUUACCUACUGACCAGGUUUUCGUGCUGAUGCAGUUCGACCCAGGUCUAGAAUACAAGCCAAGCAGAGGAGCACGAGGAAAGGACGACGCCUCCUGACUGUUACUGUGUAGCGCCCUCACCGAUGGACCUUAUUCCUACAUAUAAAUCAGGCAAAGGAAACUCAUCAUGCCGCCCGUCGUCCCUACGAAUAUCAUUGAAUCUUCGUUGGCUACCAUUUGGGUACGAUGCUACAUGUUCUCAACGGAUUAUCGCAAAACCCCGUCCAUACAAUAAGUCACUAACACGUCCGAUUUUGCUGCUGGUCACGUGUCGCUAGGCUGGCGCUUAGAGCCGUUUUCGGUUUCCCUUCAAUAGUGUCUGCAAACUUCUUUAUCCCCUUAAUCACUCAUCGCUGUGUAACGUUGAUUUUCACAUUGUGACUGAACAUUUUUGCGUUGAGGCAUGCCCUGUAAAGAAGGAAGAAGUAAACGAAGAUUUGCCAAAAGAAAGGGAGAGAAGGAAAGAAGGGAUACCGGGGAAACGGUAUGAUGAAGCACAGGUCCGAGGGUAGCUACACGUUUACGCUAUUCGACAUUAAAUAAGAACGUCUUCGACGGAAGGCGGCAUAAGGACUGAACGGCUUACUUUCAAGCAUCAAACUGUGUGACUAGAUCCCACUCCCCACUCUUUCAAAGUACAGAAGAAACGAGAAUUAUACCUAAAUGCGAAGCAAGCAGCUUAACGCUUGAGAACAUCUUCAAGGCUGAUCGCUGAGGAAUUGUAAUCGCCUUCGCGACUAAACGUGUACCAUCGCUGUAGCUCAUUCAGGAUAUGUAAAUAGGCGCAGAAUAGACGGACACGUUGUCAUUCUGUGGAAAACUGUAAAAAGAAGUCAAAGGAGGAGGAAAGAGGAAGAGAUACAGAAAAGUUGUAAAAAGUUGAUUGAGAUACAUUACAACCGAGGGGACCUCUUCUGGUUCUUUCAUAUAGAAACAUCGUUCACUUCGCAAUGACAGUCGUGUGUUCGUUUCUUGUAUCAUGAUUUUAUACCUUGCCUUGUUUGCAAAAGAAUAAUACGUAUACAUAAGAGGUGGGAUGCCAACUUUGUUCGCUUCAAAUAUUUUCAUUGUUACAGAUACAAGUUAAUAUUAUUUACAAAAAUUGUAUGGUUUAUAACUUAUCAAUAACUUCUGUUUGUAGCUGAAGAAAUAUAGAUUUCAAAGUUAACAUUCUUUUCAGUCACAUUGUGCUUUUUCAAUUCAAUUCAAUCUGCAAUAAUUGUUUAUACAAAUAAUAUACAUUGUAGUUAUGUCAAUGAAAUUAUUUGAUGCCAUACAGUUUUUAAAAUACUCCUAUGUAGCUCUGACAACAAUGAGAAUAUUUUCAGCAGACAAAGUUUGUGUCACAGCCUGUAUAUGUACAUGUACACGUAUAUGCGCAUUUACAGGGUGAUUUUUGCAACUAAUGUAAAUUAUAGCUUCCAUACAUAUAUAUAAUAUAAAAUUCUGAUAGCAGGAAGAAUUGUAUGAUUGAAUAAAAUCCAAUUUUAGCUGCUUAUAUUUCUUUGAGUGCAGCCAGAUAUUGCUUACAUCUGCUUAUAAAAUAGGGAUAGACAUUUUUAGAAAGGUUUCAUUACAUUUUUUAAUAUACAUAAAUAUCUUUAAUGUUCUAAUUUUAUAUUUACAUGUUGCUAAACUAGUAGUAGUAACUGAAUGGUGUAUGUAAAGUAUCAGUUAUGCAGUUAUAUUGAAUUUCAAAUUGUUAUUAUUUUAGCACAUAUUUAUAUUUAAGCAAAUAGUUACAAAUUUUGUAGCUGCUUGGAUCAUAUCUACAAACAAUGAAGCAAGUGGAUUUUAUUGAAUCAUACAGUGAACAACACUGCUUUUCUCUUAUGUUUAUCGAAGAAAAAGAUAGUUCAUUGUUGAUGCAACAAUCACCAUGUAUACGUAGUCUUAAAUAAAAGGAGUUGCAAUGUGUGCCACGACAGAGCAGAAUACGUGUGAAAGGGAGUGCAGGGACUACCUGUAAACAUUACCUUGAGUGUCUUCUUUUGCGGUUAACGAUAAAAAUCUCAAUCAAGCACUUUGUACAGGUUCUAUACAUAAAAGGUGUACGUAUGUAUGAAUGUGUGUGUGAUAUGUGUAUGCGUGCGUGUGUGCGUGCAUGUGUGCGUGCAUGCGUGUGUGUGUGAGUGCAUAAAUAAUAAUUACAAUAAACCACCCUUUUCCACACAACUUGAGUAUUACCUGACUAUAUAUCAGUAUAUAUAUACAUUAUAGAUAUAUAUGCACAUACAUAUGUAUACAUAGACGCUCUCCCCUUUUAUAUAUUUUUGUGACAUUCUCGAGUAUGUACAUACAAAUGUAUAUACAGGGUAUCUCAUAAAAGAUGCACACCGUAAACAUUGCAAAUUUUCCAGAAGAAAUUCUGUAAACGAUUAAAGAUUGGAUGUACGACUUGAGAGGAAUCCCAUUUGACAUGUGGUCACAAAAGUUUACACUCACACAGAGAGACACGUGUAGAUAGACAAGCGCACACAUAGAAAGCACUGUCAAAAUGAUAAGAGGGCAUUCAUACUGUUUUGAUAAGAUGGGACCAGAUGGGAUCGAAUAUCCAAUUUUUAAUCGCAGGAAAUAAUGAUGGACUUUCCUUUUGGUAUCACACAUAUGGACUUAUGGUAUACAUCUUUUUUGAGACAGCCUGUGUAUGUACGUGCACUCACAUGCAACUUAAACUUCCCUUAUGUAAAGGGAAGUGUGUAGGAAAGAAGGCUCUUUUGCUGCGCUUGAAUUUUGUUGGAUCCUCUUGGUCCACUUAGAUCUGCCUCUCUCUUGACUAUCCUAGGACCUCUUCUAAUAUUUAGUUGGUUCUUCCAGAGCUUUGCUAGAUUCUCCUUGCUCUCUUUAGAUCUCUAUAAGAUUUCUUUCACUAAGCUGCCUGUCCCUUGAUUUUUAUACUCUUCCAUCUAUGCGUAGGCUCUCCCUGGAUCUCCCUAUGUCAUUCUAGCUCUCCCUGGCUCUUAUAGCCUUUACUCAUAUUCUAUUUGAAAUAAGUACUGAGUCUUUAACCUCCACACUGCCCGUAACUAAGAGAAGCAUACAUUGCACCUAGGUGUACAUCCAUAUACGUAUACACAUAUGUAUGUAUGUAUAUAUGUAUAUAUGCAUGUAUAUGUAUAUAUAUGUAUGUAUGUAAAAAUGGAUCAAAUAAGAGGUAUACAUACAUGUAAGAAGAAACACACGAACACAUCAAUUACUCGGAUACUUCUUCCUCGCUCCCCGCUUACACAGACACACAAAAACUUUGAAACACGCACACGUAGUAGUACACAUAUACGAGGACAUACAGGUGCAUGUACAUGCGCGCGUGCACACAUAUACUGGAUCCACGUGACCGAGAAGAGAACAGUAUGUCGUAAAUUACUACGGAUUUACGAAAAGAACUAAAAAGAAACCACACAUGCGUGCGCGCACACGCGCACCGAAUAUAAUGUUACAUCGAUGAAAAAACGUAGGAGAAACCAAAAGGACGGGAACCAAGGUGACACGGUUCGUGUGUACGGAACUAACGGAAGUGGAAUGAUGUGUUGUGAGACAACAGCAAACAAACACGAUGCACAUCGGACACGUCAGUCCUUCGGGAUCGAUUUGUUCAAUAUCAAUCAUUGUUAUUCGAUUAAUUCGGAUAACGUGCUGCAAACGAAGUGGAUUGAUCUUACCAAGGACAAGAAAAUAUUAAAAGUAGCUGUGGUAGACGCUGCCGUGUAUCGCGAUUACGAGUCGUCGCCGCCACCGCCAUUGCUGCUGUUUGCAAUAUCCAUAUGCACUAUUCACUGCCACUGCAGUUCGUGUUAUAUCGUUGUAUAUAACUUUCUAUGUAUGGCUCGAUUAAGGCGAGAAGGGCUGGUCAGGUGUGCGGUUCGGAUGACUCCAUCUUGUGUGGACGGGACUAGGGUGCAGCCUCAGCCGCAAGCAAUUUUGUUGCUCCUCGUUUAUUAUACUCGUUUCGUUUUUUCUUUUAUGGAAUCGAGUUAUUGUUUCUUUUGUUAAAAUGUUUAAUGUACAAAGGUGGUUGUAUCUUCAAAUUCAAAAGGAACACUGGUAAAUAGGACAAAAUCCAAUUUAAACAUUUUGAAAGAAUAUUCUUUUAUUUGAUAAAAAAUAUGGAGUAGUUCCAAUUUAAAUCCCUCAGUUGAAGGAUGAUUUUUUAUUUUGAAAAUUAUUUUCGUGUGAUAAAAAAUUUUACCAGUGUUCAGAUAUUAAUGUUACUAAUGUAAUUGAAUUUUAAAGUGAAUUUGUGAUAAAAUGUACUGGUAUAACCAUCUUAAAUUAUUGAAAUACCGACACGCUUUCAGCUUUAGUUUAAAAAAUUUGCUGUGUAGAUUCAUAUGUUAAAAAUUAGAAUUAAAAUAUGAGAUGCGCGUUGCUGGAUAUAAUUCAAGAAAUUUUAGGAGCUUGUUAUUAGUUAGGCUUAUUUGUUAUUUUUUUAUUCAGUUGUUUUUAUUCAGUUAGUCUUUUAGUUUCAAUUAUAAUCUUUACGUGAUAAGCGAAUAAUAGAUUUCAGAUUAUUUUACGAUAUUUCAAUUCCAAUAUAUAAGUAUAAGUAGCGAAAUAUACUCGUAGAAUUUUUAAUUAUUUUUAUGAAAAAUAAUUAGCUUUUGGUUAAUAAUUUUAUAGAUAGAUAAUCUAGUUAGUGUAAUAUUAAACAUUAUAUAUUUUUUAUGUUAAGUAUUAUUUUGUCCAGCAUAGCGUUCGAAUCGCCGCCGGCGGGAAAAUUUGAAAAUUCAAAUGGCUGAAAGUGGGUCACAAGCGAAAUUAUAUAAUCCCAAUAUUUUCUUCUUGUUUUAUCGUUAAGUAACGUUUUAUAUCGAAGAUUGAGAGUGUAGCGGAAGGUUUCCUGCAGUAUUUCCGAAACGAACGAAGAAGAAAGACCUUUCUCGUUAAAUAUUUCAUUGCUGCUGAUGGCAAAUGAAAGGUCUGCGAAUAAAAUUUGACUGAAGAUUAUAAAAAAAAAGACAAUUUAGAAUUUUCUUCUUUUUUGUAAAAUUCGAUGUCUGGCGGAGGCGUUGCUGAAAAAGGAAAAAAAAUAAAAAAAAAAGAAUAAAUAAAUCGCGAUUUCGUUUUUAAAAAAAAAACAGUUCACGCGCACGAGUAGUCGAUUUUCAUAAUAAUCGUUUUGGCGGGUUAGUAAUUUUUCAAAAAAAAUCAGAAACGAAGGACUCUCGGUGACCCUGCCUCGCCUUGAUGCGAUUAUAUACGAAACAAAAAAAAAUUUGUGCGUUAGAUUUUGUGGAAAUUGUUCGUUAAGUGAUAAAAAAAAAAACAAAUGAAAUUUGUCGGAGCCUUGUGUAGAGUUUUAGAUGAUUGGUCGUAAUUUGCGUCGCGUGGGUGAGCCAGGCGUUCAAACUUUUUUUUCUUUUCUUUUUCAAAGAUCAAUAUGUUCUUCGUUUUUAAUUGUACAUAGUAGAAUUAUCGUAGGAUUACAGUAGUGCCGAAAUGUAUGGCACGUGGAAAUUUAAGGAAAUGAAAAUUAUUUACACUUGUAAUUUGGAUCACUUUAUCACAAUUUUAGUCUUAAGUGAAAAAUAUGAAAAUUUUGUUUUUUUGUG